UCCUUUUGUUCGAGAAUGAGGAAUAUAAUAGUGUAGGAAAAUCGCAAUCAGAAUGAAUGAGAUCUAUAAUGAAAAUGAGGUCGUAGCAGGAAGUGACAACAACAGUGAGAAUGGAGAGGAGAACGACAACACUGAAGUCGACAUAGACAUUUCCGUGAGUAGUAUCAGUGAUGCCGAAGGCGAGGCUGGUGACGAAGCCUGGAAAAUGCCAAGCGAGGUAGUUUCCGCUUCCCGGCCCGGAGAGGAGGCCCCAACUGCUCAGGGUGGCAGGAGCGGCAGUUUUUCGAAAGGGGUCGGACAGCCAAAGAAUGCCCGGGACAAGAAAGGGGGCGGCGGAAACAAAGUUAUUCCUGCCGUUAAGUCUGGGGGAAGCCAAGGGAAGAGCCACCAGCAGGGUAAUCAGAAUGCAAGUAGUCAGAAGAACUGUAGUAAGAACAGCAAUGAAGAGGCUGUAAACCCACAAUAUGGCAAAAGUAAGACUAAUGCAAGUCAGGGCACCAAUGGUAACAAGAAUAUCCAACCCCCACCCAACAAGAACGCCAAAAGCAUUCCAAACCAACAGAACAGAAAUAAUGCAACACAACCAAAUGGCAAGAACAUAGCAAACCAGCAACACAAUAACAGAAGCAAUGACAACCAUCAAAACAAGAAUAACAACAACAACAACAACAAUAGCAGCAAUAACAACAACAAAAACAAAGAUACCAAGAAGAAGAAGGAUGAAGGGGGUGGCUCUGGAAUGUUUGCGCAGCUGAAGUCCAUCCUCUCCCCCCUCGCCAGAAGAGAUGACGGCACUCCAGAGAUUGUGGACAGUUUUGUGCUCAGGAUGCACUACUCCCUUGGGGUGUCAGUGUUCGUCUUGGCUUUCAGCAUUCCCCCAAGAGAAACAGUGUAUGAUGGAGAAGACUGCCCGCGGCAAUACCUGAUGUUUUACCGGUGGAUCCACUUCAGUUUCUUGGUGUUGGCUGGUGUCUUUUACCUUCCGAGAGUAGUUGCCAAGAAGACGAGCCACUCUCCUUUGAAGAAGUUGCUAUCUAGUCUCAUUUCUAUGGAGAAAAGAUAUGAUGACUCUGCUUUUGAAAAUGGAGUAAGCAAGAUGUUGACUUACUUUGAAAACCAUUUCUCAGUGCAUGGUUCUCUCUACACUAGACUUGUCAUGUGCCAUGUAAUUGCAAUAGUCAUAGAUGUUGGUUCUUUCAUCUACCUUGAUUUCUUCAUGCAGGAAAACUUCAUUGGAUUGAUAUACAAGUCUUAUCCAUUCCAUCGAAAUCCAAGGAAUUUCUCUGAUAAUUUGUACCAGGUGUUUCCACCAUUUGUUUUCUGCUCUAUAGAUGAAUACAAUUUAAUCAACAAUGCAAGAGUUGAUGUACUGCAUUGCCACUUGCUGCUUAUGGAACUCUAUGAGAAAGUGUUUGUAGUACUUUGGGUACUGUUGGCUUUUCUAAUGGUGAUUGCAGUAGUUUCUUUGGUUGUGUUAUUGCUUAUUGUAUUGCCUCCUUUCAAUAGAGUUUUUCUGUUUACAUUCACAACAUCCAAAAGAGUGAGGAAAAUAAAGAGAAAAGUACACCGCAUCUUUGGUUACGGGGAUUUGCAUGUGAUGAGUAUGAUGAAAAGCCACGUGAGUGAGGGACAGUUUAUCACAUUCCUUUCACAACUCGUUGAGAAUCCUCACUUGAAAUUCAAUGCCAUGUUUCCAAGCGAGAAAGAUGGACUGAUCAUAAGAAAUGAUAUGGAGGAUAUCAACUCCAUAACUGCACCGCGGAGUCGGCACGAACCCAGUCACUACCUGCCACCAGGGACUCUGCAACCAGAUGCUAUCUUAACCCUGCCAAAUGAUUCUCUUCUGCCAGAUCUCCAUUGCCAAAAUGGUAGUCGCACUCAGGGCCAUACCUCCUCCACUCCAAAGCCUAAAUCACGACUCCUGCCUCCUUUUUUUAAAAGUGAAAAACAUGCUGACCUGUAUCCAAUCAUUGAGAUUACUCCUUGAAUUGAUGAUUAAAUGUAAGAAGGUCCGAUAGUUUGUAAAAGAAUAUAGGAAAGGAAUUUUCUAAGUGAACUAGGCCUCAUGAUGUUAUAUGAUAAAGUACAAAUUAUGAAUAGAGUGGUAAAAUCAGAUGCCUGUUUAUAUUAAUUUCCCAGAAAGUUUGACAAGCUACGUUCCAUACUUUGUUAAUUCAUAUUGAUUUGAUAUACAAGUAAGGGAUUCCAUUUUGAUGGAAAGUUUAUUUCAGGUUUAAUUACUUUGAUUUUUAGAAUUCAUUAGUUUACAUUAUUGUCCUCAGUGAAAUUUGGAUUCUUCAGAUAAUUUAUUUUGUGUUUAAUAGAAAAACUUGUACACUUUGAGUUUGGUGAAGGACUAAAUCUUUGAUAAACUCCUUAAUACAUUUGGAGAAUAUCAUUUUAAUUUUUGCAGACAUUACCCAUCCUAUGAGAGAGAGAAAAAAAUCUCAAAAUUGCAUUUGUUAAUAUUUACUCAAAUAUCCGAGGUUUUAUACCAUAACAAUAGAAGCUGUUUUGCUAUAUAUGUUGCUUUUGUAUAUUUGUUGUUUCUAAAGAAUAUCCUUAUAGAAGCCAAGAAGAGAACUUUCAAUUAAUCAGUCAGUUAAUUUGUCAGUUUUUUGUUGUUUAUUCUUUCAAUCUGUUGAAGAGAUUGUUUUUUGUUCUUGAGAUUUAUGAUCAAAUUUAGAACUUACUUCAAGAUAAAGAUUAUGUACUCUUAUAAUAAACCCAAGAUGAUAAGCCUUAUAAACCAGAAAACUGUUUUAUGUUGCCUUUUUUCUUCAUCUUCUUUUCUUCUUCUUUCUUCUUCUUCUUCUUCUUCUUUUUCUUCUUUUUAUAAAUUUGUCCCUUUCACAAACCCAUGAAAGCCAGAGUCCACCUUUGUGUGAAAUAUGUACUGAUUCUUAAGGAAUUCAGCAUCCAUUAGAUACAAUUUUGAUCGGUAAUUAAACUCAUAUUCCAGUUUUCAAAGAAUAACUUGCAAUGAUGAUUAGUGAGUGUGUGUGUGUGUAUGACUGAAAUUUGCACUUUGAAAUCAUAAUACUUGCUUAAAUAAAAUGCGAGAGUGAUGGUUAGUGUGCACAUUGUGGGUGAUUCUUAUAUCUUUACCAUAUUUUCUCAUUAUGAAUAUUAUUUUGCAACAUCAUUGCAUGUACAUAUAAAUUAAGACCUCAAGGGGUUUUCAGAUCUUCAAGUAGCCUGUGAACUGUCCAUAAACCAGAUAUCCUACAAAGGGCAGGAUCUUCAUAGAUAAAGGGUAGUCAAAAAGAAAUUUGAAAAUUCAAGGUUUAUUUCACACUAUUGACUCUUCACCAGUAGGAGUAAAGCUUUUGAAGAGUUGGUAUUAAUCAAAUUUCUCAUAUUCAUGUACAUCAAGGAAAUGUAAUAUACCUAAAUAGGUCAGUAAUAUAAACCAUAAUAUUUUUCACCUCCACACAAAGUAAAAUGUGAUUUGAUCUUAUAAAUGAGCAAAUGUAAAAAUAAUAAUAAUAAUAAAAAUUAUAUAAUGGAAA